AUGAUUCAAAACAUCCUCUUGCAGCUCUUCCUGGCUGCCCUCGCCCUUGCGGCUCCCCUGACCGACGGCGGUGACGCGACCUUGCACACCAUGGGGAAGGACAUGAUCGGCUACGGGACAGGCGGUGGCAUUGUUGGGCUGAUUGUUCUGGUCCUUGACGUCUUGGUCUUCAUUGAGGUCCUGAAGUCAAACCGACCACCAAGUCACAAACUGCUUUGGUGUCUCAUUGUCUUCCUCUUCCCCAUCUUGGGAAUGCUCAUCUACUUCCUGUUCUCGAACCGCGAGGCUCAUAAGACUAGUGGCGCCUACGAGCCUUUGCCUUGA